AGACAGGUGCACAGCCCCUCUCCAAUCAGUCUGGACUCAACCGCAGCAGCUCCCUCACUCGCUUACUUACAGAUUGAGAAAAACCCUACAGAGCACAAUGAGCGUAGAUGGAAUAAAAAACCCUCCUCCCUACAUCAUACCAAUUAAGGGUACGGGUCCCGAUGAUGUGGUGGUCUACCACACCCACACUCCCUUCAACCCACAAAACGAGUCCGCCAGUCAGGGUUCGCAAGUGUACACCAACGGAGGAGGUCUGGAGACUGGAGAUGGCAAAAGGAGGUUUGUGAGCUACGACGGGGGUCUGGGGAGCAACCCCGGCAUGACGACCUGCACCUCCUGCCAGCAGCAGGUCAUGACCAACGUCACCUACAAAGCCGGGACGUACGCCUGGCUGAUGUGUUUACUCUUCAUCUGCUGCGGAUUGAUCCUGUGCUGCUGCCUGAUUCCUUUCUUCAUGAACAAAUUCAAGGACGCGUACCACACGUGCCCUCGCUGCAACAGAGUGCUGUACGUCGACAAGAAGAAAUGCUGCAAAUAAUGAAGAGGAUGGAGGACGAGCGCCCCAUAGAAAUAUUAAAUAACGCCUUCAUUUGCCUUUUGUGAUGCAGCUUAUUUCUAUGGAAGCGAAACAAAACGUUAUCAGCUACACAGACCUGGGAGUCAUGUGUCGUCAGAGCAUAAAUAUCAUGCGCUCACUUAAAUGAAAUGAAUCUAUUUGUACCCAAAUACUAUAAAGCUAUAUUUAGGAAUGACGUGGAACAUUUGUUAUGAUUUUGGUUUGAAAUACUUUGGGGCAAGCAUCCAACUUGCAACUUUAAGUUGUUUUACAUCGCAUACAAAACAAGUCAGUCAAGAUUGUUUUUUGAAGAAUGAGAAAACGUGUUUGUUAAAUGUUUUGCAUAUGAUUUUUUUUUAAAUUUUUUACACAAUGCAUAUUUGUGCACAUCUUUGAGCUUGUUAUGAGUUCAUGCUCCUUGUAGUUUCUGAGAUAUAUAGAGAUAUAGCAGUUUUCUUAUCUCUUUGGGCACAUGGGACUAAUGUUUUCUCCUAAAAUAUGAUUAAAUAUAAAUUCAACAGUCGUCAUAUGUGCCCCCAAAAGACUAGAUGAAGUAAAAAAAACAACACUUUUUUAGCAAAACGGUUAGACCGCUUUUUAAAAAGAUUGUGUGCUUAAACACCAGAAAACACACAAUUACAGUUUGUGUGCACAGACGGGUGAAGCACACCCUCGCUCAUGCACUUUUCUGGGAGCCGUUUCAGCAGAAAGAACAUUAAAAAAAAAAAAAA